CAGACUCCGUCUGACCCAAACCGCUGCUGGACCUCUUCUUUCUUCUGGCUCCACUUUUUCUUCUUCUGGACGUUUCGUUCUGUUUUCCAGAACCGGUCUUUUUAUCUCCUGGUUCUGUUUCAGCUUUUUUAUUCUUUAGUUUUGUAGAAUUUUGUUUCUGUUUUUUUUUUUUCUCAUCUUUCCAGGUUUUGGAUCCAGAUUGGUUCUGUGUUCUGGGAAUUCCUCUGAGGUUUGUGUUUGUGGACUUGAGUGGAAUGUGUCUGUGGGUCUGAACAUCGAGAACCUCGCUCAGAACCUUCAUCAUCUCACUGGAGCUGAACAGAACCAACAUUCAGGGAUACAGAGAUGCUGGUUCUGUUCCUCCUUGUUCUGGACCUGCUCUCCUCCAGGGCGGCUCCACCGGUCCCAUCCUCCAUCCCAGACCCCCUUCUGGAAUACGUCCCACCGGAGAAGGAACUGGUAGACGGCUGGAUCCAGAGCAGGAACAGAACCGGCACCAGAACCGCCGAGUUAGAGGGCUGCGGACCGUGCAAUCCGGAGCUGUGUCCGCAGACCCGUGGUUGCCGGGCCGGACUGGUUCUGGACUCCUGCGGAUGCUGUCAGGAAUGUGGGAACCUGGAGGGCCAGGCCUGUGACCCGGGGCCCCUGAAUGUGUUCUACGGUCUGUGUGGAACCGGGCUUCGGUGCCAGGCGGACCCGGGGCCCGCUGCAGGAGGAGAGGAUGAAGAGGAGGUGUGUGUGUGUGAGCAGCAGGAGGCGCUGUGCGGCAGCGACGGAACCACCUACAGGAACAUGUGUCGGUUCAGAGAGGCCGCCUUCUCCGACCCGGAACUCCGAACCGUAGGGAGGGGUCCCUGCCGGACAGGUACCGACACCUGAAAACGGGUCUCUCUCUCUGGGUCAGAACCAACCCAACUUUUCAGGAAAUAGAUCUUUACUAUUUUAGACCCAAUAAGGUUUUAAACCAAAUGAAAUAUUCAGGAAACACUUCCUGCUUUAUGCAUCAUAAACAGUCAUGAAUGGGUUUCUAUAACAUUGAUCCUGUUUGGCCCCAUUAGCUCUGAGGUUCUUUGAAACGAGGACUGGAUCAGAACCAGUUCUGGUUGAAUGUUCAGAGGAACCAGAAUGAAGUCAGUGUUCAGUGAAUGAACAGAGGGUGGGGGCCAGCUUCCUCCUGAACAAAGGUCUGGUUCUAGGAGCUGUGCUCCAGAUGGGGAGGUGGGGGGAUUGCUGCCCCUCACCUCCAGACUGAGGACCCCACCCUUCUCCCUCUACAAACAGAGGGAGCCGUGAUUCAGCAGCAGGAGCUCCACCAUCACCUCCUCAGAACCUCCAACCACAGCUGAGAGGAGUUCUGGAUUUAAAGAUCCUGAUCUGAUCUGAAGCAGUUCAUUAAUACGGAUCUAAAGCAGUUCAUUGAUCCGGAUCUGAAGC